UAAUUUAAUUUAUUAGAAUCAACCGGUACUCAUGCGACCAUAAUGACCGAAUAAGAUUGGAACAGUCAUCCAAUCACUUACUAGUGUGUGAAUACCUUCUUUUCCACCCCUUCACUCGCCAUUGUCAUGCAAUAGACAAUCCACUAUCCACUCGUCAGCACGCUUUAAUAUAUUUUCAUACAACACAUGAGGUGGAUCAAAUUCAAAGCAGAGAGUCAAUCCAGCCUCCAUCCCCUGUGCCAUUUUUCGUCUUCAUCUCCCCUAACGGUGUUAGAAUCGGCCACAACUCUCCCCCUCCAAAAAUCCACUUCCUCCCGAAACUUCCCCCACCAAUUUCCAAUUUCCAAUUCUCUAGAACUUACUACAGUCCAGUCCACGCUCCCAUGGCUUCCCCCACCGCCGCAAGCUGCACCCUCGACGCGGCCGCAGCGGCGAGGAACCUCAUCUGCCGGGACACCACCGCCGCGGCGCACCUCAAGCUGGCCUCAAUCUUCGUCAUCUUCCUCACCAGCGCGGUCGGAAUCGCCGGCCCCGUCCUCCUCGCGCAGCUCUUCCGCGGGAAGCCGCUCUACGACAAGGCGGUACUCGUAAUCAAGUGCUUCGCGGCCGGCGUCAUCCUCUCCACCUCCUUGGUCCACGUCCUCCCCGAGGCCUACGCGUCGCUCGCCGAUUGCGCCGUCUCGUCGCGGCAUCCGUGGAAGGACUUCCCGUUCGCCGGGCUGGUGACGCUGAUCGGCUGCCUCCUGGCUCUCUUCGUCGACAUCACCGCCACCGAGCACAUCGGCCACGGCCACGGAGGAGGAGGAGGAGGAGAGUACGAGCCUGUCGCCGGCGAGGCGGGGGGAGGCGAUUUGGGGAAGCAAUCGAGGGGGCUAUUGAGGCUGGAAUCGGGGGAGGGGGAGGAGGAGGAAUCGAGGGGGGCGAGGGAGGAGGAGGAGGAAUUGAUGGCGAAGGUGAAACAGAGAUUGGUGUCUCAGGUGCUGGAGAUCGGGAUAAUCUUCCACUCGGUGAUAAUCGGAGUGACGAUGGGGACGUCGCAGAAUCGGUGCACGAUUAAGCCUCUGGUGGCGGCGCUCUCCUUCCACCAGAUCUUCGAAGGCAUGGGGCUCGGCGGCUGCAUUGCUCAGCAGGCUGGUUUCAGGCUGAGGACGGUGGCCUAUAUGUGCGUGAUGUUCGCGGUUACGACGCCGAUGGGGAUAUUGUUAGGGAUGAUCAUUUUCUGGCUAACAGGCUACGACGACACCAACCCUAAUGCCUUGAUCAUGGAAGGACUACUGGGCUCGCUCUCUUCUGGCAUCCUCGUCUAUAUGGGUCUCGUCGAUCUCAUCGCGCUUGAUUUUUUCCAUAACAAGCUCAUGAGCUCCACUCCACGCCUGAAGAAGACUUCUUUUGUUGCCCUUGUUCUUGGCUCUGCCUCUAUGUCCAUCCUUGCUCUCUGGGCUUAAUUAGCUUUAACGUCCCUCCCUUUUUGAGUGAUAUCGAAGAGAAAAUCUAAACGUUUUGUGCAUAGUAUAUAGCAGUAUAUGUAGCUAACUCUACCAAUUCACAAAGAUCAAGGAGCUACGCAUGAGUUUAACUUGUCAAUGGACGUCUUCUUUCGUUUCUUGAUGGUGAAGUAAGAACAAGCUCACGAGUUUAUUACCCUAGAUCGGAACACGUUGAUAGGAUCUCUCUUUUUUAUCCCAAUGUCCCCCUCGAGUGUUGAUCAUGCUGGAAAUCCAAU